UAUUGUGGCUAGGCCCUCGGUCUGGAGGGUAGCUUUACGUGUUACUUCCAACCUCACAAUUUAGGGUCCGCCUGCCGCAGAAAUGGCACUUCAAGGAGCUUCUCAGUUUGCCCGUCAGCUUGUAGGCAGGGUUGCCGGUGGAGCUUUUGCAACUAAGGCUCCCGCCGUGACUAGCGUGGACUGGUCGAAGGUCUCGGUGCCCUCAACGAUUAAGGACAUUCCGGAGACCAUUGGAGGCUGCACGCCUAAGGGCGACCUACGUGCAACCAGCGGCUUGGGCUUGGGAGACGGCAUCCAGAACCACACCGAUAAGUGGCUCCAGGGUGGCAAGUCCCCCAUGCAGUACAUCGACGAGGUGGAGCCCAUUAAGGUCAAGGGCCUGGUGGUCGCUUCGCACGGCAGUGACGAUCCCGCCCUGGGCUGCCCGGUGGAGUACAUCAACCUCAAGGGCACCAGCUACGAGAACCCCGCCGUUUGCAAGUAUACAGGGAACCGCUACUACAGCGAUGACUGGAAGUACGGUGCUCACCACCACUAAGUGCACCCUAGGGGGCCUGCUGAGCUGGGCAUGCUAGCAUGCAGGACGAUUCAGUGAGCUUCGGUGGCAGAGGACGCGGCGUGCUGGAGAGUUUGCGCGACGCCACAUGUUGGAGCCGGGUACACGUGCUGGCUGCGGAAUGAUGGGUGCACGACGAUUUGAUACGUUGUGUUUAGGUAUGAUGGGCGAGUGAUUUUCGAGCAGAUUUGCUCUAAAGGGGCUGGUGCAAUUGUCCAUGUAUGUAAGUUAGCAAAUGGUUUCCUUGUAACCAACGCAAUGGCACACAACUGUUACAACCGUGUGCCCCUGGCGCC